CUGAAUGUCCGCAUAUUUGAAGCAGCUGAAUUAAAGCCUACUGCCUGUGCAACCCGUCACUCCAUCAGACCAGCGGCCAAACUAUGUGAACUUUUAGAUCCCUACGUCACAAUCGAUGUGGAUGACAUAGCUAUCGGCAAGAGUUCGACCAAGUCCCGCACAAAUACUCCCCAGUGGAAAGAAGAUGUUUGUGCCGAAGUCAAUUCCGCCCAGCGACUCACGUUCACAGUCUAUCAUGAUGCUGCCAUUCCGCCCGAUGAUUUCGUAGCUAUUGUCGAAUUAGCUAUUAGAAAUGUCCGAUCUGGUGAGGAAGUGUGGCUGGAGCUUGAACCCCAAGGCAAGCUCCAUAUCCGUAUCGAUCUUGCUGGAACUCGAACUGAUGAGCCCCCGCGUGAUCGUAUGGGAUUUCCAGGUCGAGAUAGUGCCAUUGGUGGAGUGCAUGGAAAACAUUAUCGAUGUGGUGCCAUGCGACGACGCAUUCACCAAGCGAAAGGACAUAAAUUUCAGGUUACCAGCUUGCGCCAAUUCACGUUUUGUUCAUUAUGCAACAGCUUCAUUUGGGGUCUUUGGAAUCAAGGCUACCAGUGUCAAGUUUGCACAUGCGUUGUGCAUAAACGAUGCUAUUUGAAUGUAAUAACGCAAUGCCCGGGAGUCAAAUCACCUUCUGGCCCUACUGCUGUAUUGCAGAAUCGGUUCAAUAUCAACGUUCCACACAAAUUCCGUAUCCAUACAUUCAUGCUACCGGCAUUUUGCGACCACUGUGGCUCAUUACUGUUCGGUUUGAUGCGGCAAGGUUUGCAGUGUGAAGUGUGUCGUCUAAGUAUUCACAAACGCUGCGAACGAAAUGUGGCUUCCCAUUGCGGGGUGAACACACGUAAUCUGAUCACAGCCAUUCGGUUGUGUGGUUUAAACCCGUCCGAUUUGGGUGUGACACCGGCUGAGGCUACCGCUCUGGGAGCUGCCGCCGCUGCUGCUGCUGCUGCGGCUGCUGCCGCAUCUGGGACCAGUCCAGGUGCAAGCAAUAGCAAUGCAACUAACCGCACCUCUAUGACCACACUGACCCCUGGGACGCGUCCAACCUCUGCUGGUUUGCGGGGCAGUAGUAGUCCGUACAGUGCGUACGCAGAUUCCGCUUCAGGCGGAUUUUUUACCGGCCCCAUCAAGCGAGGCGAAGGUGAAUUACGUUCCUCAAGUUCCUCACCUGGCGUUAUAAAUCCUCAUGAACGCUCAUUAAGUUCCCCCAUUCCACUACCUCCAACCGCCCUGAAUCAAGCAAUGGGUGACACAGAUGAUGCCGCUCUGCAUAUUCCCGGUGCAAUCUCCCCGGUCUAUGGGAGACAAGGUGUCCCAGUUCCUCGCCCGUCUUCCCUUCAGGUGAGCUUUUUUAUUCAGUUCGAGUUUGCCCAAGCAUUUGAAGCUAGUAUCGUAUCUUGUGCACAGUCGCAGGGCGGCGUACACGAUGAUUUUCGACCGAAGACCACAUUAUGA